AUGUCAUAUAAUUACAAUGAAUUCAAAUCAGCUAAAAUGUGUGGCAGAUUGGUCAAAAUUAAUGAUAAACAAUUAAAGACGUUGACUGACUCAUUUUUUCAUUUUUCCAUUUAUCUUACAAGUCUUACACAAUUACCUUAUGCAGUUCUUCCGUCCCUCCCUCAUCCACUAUUUCUUUCUCAUCUAUCUACGAAUCCUAGAAUUCAUAUUCAUCUGCUCCCUCUGCUGCCACUCCUUCCUCCGCAUACAUCUCCUUUACCCAUUCUUCUCCCUCACUCCUUCAGUUUGGUUACACCAGUUUCUCCCAAGCUUCUUCCAUUGUCUUCUUCUCCCCCUUCUUAG